ACCCGACCUUUAAGAUCCGGUUCUAUUUUCCUCAAAACAUCUGGGACCAAAGCUAGAUUGAAACUGUGGGUCCGAUUUGGUUAUUUGAAAGACCGAAAGGGCAAAAGAAAAAAAAAGAUAUGGCGCUCCCUGACAAAGUGCCGUGUGUCAACAAAAGCAGCGUGGAGCUGACAAUGGCUCCGGCUGGGACAAGUAAUCGGAGUGAAACUGAAACUGGCUCAUCAGCCUGCGAAAUCAAAAUCGGCUCACCGGCAAACCUGGAAUCGGCACUUCGGCUGAAGUUUGCGACUGGUGAAGAAGACCUUCUGCAGCUUGGAACUAAAACUGUGUCGAGACGGAGGUCGGUGUCAAGUCCUGGUUCUCCUAACCAUAAGACCGAACCGCGGCUUUUAAACCAUAGUCGGACCGGAAACGGCCUUUAAACUAAAGACCUUUAAAGUUAAACUCGAUGUAGUUUAAUUAAUUAAUUAAAAGAUAAAGGGGGAACAAGUAGACUAAUAAUAUAAGCGUAAAUCACACAUCAUCUAUGGUAGUUCCACUAUACCAGUUUGGUUACGGAAUGCAAUUACUUUAUCGUUUCCUUUCUCUUCAUCUCAUUUCUCUUUCUUUCUCUCUCUCAACAUUUCCUACAUUCACUCAUGGCAUCGGCAGCAUUAGCGAUUCUCCUCACCAUCUUCUUCUUCAUUUUUCAAUUCCAUGUUACCACCGCACACGGCAUCUCUAUUAAUUCCUCCGCCGCCACCCUGCUCGUAUCCGGCGCCAAGCCCGCAAUGUUAUUGCCUCUUUUUCUCUCUCAUCGAAAUUCUUCUAAAACGACGUCAACUCAGCAGCAUCGUCGUCUUCAAGGAUCCGCACGUCCUAACGCUCGCAUGAGACUUUACGACGAUCUCCUUCUCAACGGAUAUUACACGACGCGGAUAUGGAUCGGGACGCCACCUCAGACAUUUGCUCUAAUUGUAGAUACAGGAAGUACUGUCACUUAUGUUCCUUGCUCCACUUGCGAGCAGUGUGGUCGGCAUCAGGAUCCAAAGUUUGAGCCAGAAUUAUCAAGCACCUAUCAACCUGUAAGCUGUAAUAUUGAUUGCACCUGUGACAAUGAAAGGAAACAGUGUGUUUAUGAGAGACAGUAUGCUGAAAUGAGCAGUAGUAGUGGUGUCCUUGGUGAGGACAUUAUAUCCUUUGGCAAUCAGAGUGAACUUGUGCCCCAGCGUGCCAUUUUUGGUUGUGAAAAUCAGGAAACUGGUGACCUUUACAGUCAACGUGCUGAUGGGAUAAUGGGAUUGGGACGUGGUGAUCUCAGUAUUGUUGAUCAACUUGUUGAAAAAGGCGUAAUUAGUGACUCAUUCUCAUUAUGUUAUGGUGGAAUGGAUAUUGGUGGAGGUGCAAUGAUUCUUGGGGGUAUAUCUCCCCCUUCAGGCAUGGUCUUUGCUGAAUCAGACCCUGUGCGCAGUCAGUACUAUAACAUUGAUUUGAAGGCGAUACAUGUUGCGGGGAAGCAGUUGCAUCUAGACCCUAGUAUAUUUGACGGAAAACAUGGUACUGUCCUGGAUAGUGGUACAACAUAUGCUUACCUACCAGAAGCAGCAUUUACAGCUUUUAAGGAUGCUAUGAUGAAGGAACUUACUUCCUUAAAGCAGAUCCAUGGUCCCGAUCCAAAUUACAAUGAUAUUUGCUUUUCUGGUGCGGAAAGUGAUGUCUCUCAACUUUCAAAUACAUUUCCAGCAGUUGAAAUGGUGUUCAGCAAUGGGCAAAAGUUGUCACUAUCACCUGAAAACUAUUUAUUCCAACAUUCAAAAGUGCGUGGUGCAUACUGUCUGGGGGUAUUUCAAAAUGGGCAUGAUCCGACUACUCUUCUAGGAGGAAUUGUUGUUCGAAAUACCCUUGUUACGUAUGAUCGUGAGAAUUCAAAGAUGGGUUUCUGGAAGACCAAUUGUUCCGAGUUAUGGGAAAGACUUCACAUACCGGAUGCUCCACCACUAUUGCCUUCAGCUUCGGAGGGGACAAACUUGACUUCUCCACCACCAUUGCCUUCAGCUUCAAGUGGAGAAAACUUGACUGCUCCACCUACAUCGGCUUCUAGUGGUUCUGUGCAUUAUGUUCUUCCAGGUGAAUAUCAAAUUGGACAAAUAAUAUUUGAAAUAUCAGUAAAUGCCAGCUACUCAGCUUUGAAGCUUCACAUUUCAGAAUUUGUCAAAUUUAUUGGUCAGGGGUUGACUGUUAAUAUUUCACAGGUCCGUUCUCUGACAAUUACUUCCAGAGGAAAUGAUUCACUCAUUGGAUGGGCCAUAAUCCCUUCAGGAUCUGCCAAGUACAUUUCUAAUGCUACUGCCCUGAGUAUGAUAUCCCGGGUGGCUGAACAUCAACUAUUGCUCCCUGGUUCCUUUGGAAGUUAUCAGUUGGUUCAAUGGAAAGUUAAGCCUCUAAUAAAUCAGACAUGGUGGCAGCAACAUUAUUUAUCAGUGGUUUUAGCCAUUGCUAUAAUGUCCACUAUUGGAUUAUCAGCUUCUGCACUAUGGUUUGUUUGGAGAUGGCGGAAACCAACAACAAAUGCAUAUAAACCUGUCAAUGUAGCAGUUCCCGAGCAAGAACUACAACCAUUAUGAACACUCAACAUUUGUCUGGUUUGUGAGGCUUGCAAUUUUUAUUCUUACUCCGAAUGGUAUAGAGAUAUUUUCUUUUUCGUUUUUUUUUUAAUGGGAGCGCACAUGGAAGGUUCUUUUCUCUGUCAGUAUAUUCAUUUGAUAGGGAUGUAUAGAAAGAAGAAGAAGAAGGAUUUGCUAUAUUAGUUGUACUUAUAAAAUACAGGUGUCUCAAUAAGGAGAGACUACACGAACAUUUUUCUUGAUUUGCUUUCUACUUUGGCUGUUGCCGUGUACGCCUUGAGAGCGAGAGAGGAUGUUAAUUGGUUGGCAGUUGACAGUUGACAGAUAGAGAGCUUUUAUUAACGCAUCAUUCUGGGCAAAAGUCCUUGGAGGCCUUGGAGAAUGGUUCAGAAUUCCAAACGUAUGUGCCGAGGCAUAGGAGAAAUUGAAUGGGUCAAAGACAUCAGUCGUAGUUUCGAACAUAUUGAUUUUCAUUAUGAAAGUUCAAUGUUUCUAUGACCCGAUAUGUGGUUCAAGGUAAAUUUUGUACUUGACGACCUGUGGCUCAUUUUAUCA